AUGAGCCCUCACCAUUCAGCAAAGUCUCCGAGUUCUGGCUACCUGCACCGGCCAAGCCCGGAUCCGGAUCGUUUGCUGGAAAACACCAACUGCCAGGCGGAGUGGGCUCGGACUAUUGCUGCAGCGACCGUAAAUCGAAACGGGAUGGCUGACCGGACGGAUUUCAAGAUCCUCGUGGCACCAAACCCCGGCUGGGGGGUUCUGACUCGUAAUCAAUCUCUCGCACUUAGUAGAGAACAGGGCAAGUAUGCCCGAGUCGUAAGUUCCACUCUGUUGGGACCAAUCGUUGGCGUCGAUUGCGCUAUUGUCAGCCUUACACCGGAGUUACGAGACGGAGUUCAGAUGCGGGCUAAGGGUUUCUUAAAUGCGUGCGCAUCACCGUAUCUUGAUGUUUUUGAAGUUAAUGUUACCUGCUACAUAAGUUGUGCCAAGAUCUUGAACAUGGACCGGCCUACUUCACGAAGCUCCAGGGAGCUCACCAAGACCCGCUUCACAUCACCGGCAUCGGCCAUGACACAACCAUCGACGACUCCAAUCGUUCUCGAUAUGUCGGAAAAGCCACUGCCACCAUCAAACGACUCGGAUAUCGAGCAUACCGAUAAGAAGGAAAGCGGUACCGAAGAUGAGGGAAGCACGGCGGCGGACCAAGAGGAAGCCGAGGAGGAGUACAUCGAGGGCCUCAAGCUCAUCCUUGUCCUAGCGGCACUAACGCUCACUGUGUUUCUCAUGAUGCUGGACAUGUCUAUCAUCACUACGGCCGUUCCGGAGAUCACAACAGCGUUCAACUCUCUUUCUGACGUUGGAUGGUAUGGUGCAGCGUACAGCCUCUGUGGUGCCGCCCUGCAGCCCUUGGCUGGCAAGCUUUACACGCACCGUCAUUCGAAAGAAAUAUUCCUUGCCUUCCUCUUCGUCUUCGAGGCCGGAUCUCUCAUCUGCGCCCUCUCUAAUUCAUCAACACUGUUCAUCAUCGGACGGGCUGUCUCAGGCAUGGGAUCUGGGGGACUUUUCAAUGGUUCAUUAACUAUCAUCGGCGCCACCGUCCCAUUGGAAAAGAGACCGUUGAUAAUUGGGAUUAUGAUCGGUAUUUCGAACAUUGGCAUUGUCGCUGGACCUCUUGUGGGAGGAGCCUUGACCCAAUAUACGACCUGGCGUUGGUGUUUCUACAUCAACCUUCCAAUUGGUGCAGUCACCGCAGCUAUGCUUUUCCUUAUCCACAUCCCGUCGAAGAUCACCAAGCCAGUCUCCCUCGUCCAAAUACCCCGAUAUCUCGAUCUUCCCGGUUUCGCCCUCUUCGCUCCCGCGGCUAUCAUGUUCCUUCUCGCUCUACAGUUCGGUGGUAAUGACUAUAGCUGGGACUCAUCGGUAGUUAUCGGCUUGUUCGUCGGCGCUGCCGUGACCGCUGGGCUAUUCAUCUUCUGGGAGCACAGGGAAGGCGACGAAAAAGCCAUGGUCCCAAUGGGGCUGUUCAAGAAUAGGAUCGUCUUGACGAGCAGUCUGGUUGGAGCCCUGAACAUGAGCAUUACACAGGUGUCAAGCUACUACAUCCCCAUGUAUUUCCAGAGCGUCAAGGGUGAGACGCCGUUCCGAGGUGGUGUUCACUUCUUGCCGACUAUCAUUGCCCAGUUGGUCUUUGCUGUCGCCUCAGGGGCUUUAGUCGGUAGGAUGGGAUACUACCUUCCCUGGGCUGUAUUCGGUUCCGUCUUAUCGGCGAUUGGUAACGGCCUCAUUUCUACCUGGGAUCCAUCUACAGAUUCUGCCAAGUGGAUUGGCUAUCAAGUCCUCCUCGGCGCCGGCCGUGGUGCCUGUAUGCAAAUGCACAUUAUCGCCGUCCAAGCCAAUAUUCCGCCAGCGACCCUUUCCGUAUCGAUGGCAAUGCUUGUCUUUAUGCAAACGUUUGGCGGUGCCAUUUUCCUGACGGCAGGCGAAGUCAUUUUCAGCGAAGGUCUGGGCAAGAACUUAGCAAAGUACGCUCCGGCAGUAGAUGUGAAGACAGUACUGGCUGCGGGCGGCACAGGGUUUAGGACCGUUGUACCGGAGAGCGAUUUGCCUGGGGUGUUGGUGGCAUAUUCGAAGAGUAUCGGUGAGGUGUUUUACCUCAUGAUCGGAAUCGGUGGUCUCGCGUUUGUGCUCUCGUGGGGUAUGGGUUGGGUCGACAUCCGUAAGAAGAAGGGGGAAAAGAAGGGCGACCCCGGUGUUGGACCUUCGGGCGACGGCAGACUCGGCCUCCAGGUUAUGCUCUAUUCUCUCGUCCGUGGUUAUGUCAGACAGAAAUGCUUGAACCCGAAUACGAUGCUGGUGCAAUCUCGCUUGGCUGCUUAUGCUAAUCCUGUGGCCAAUAGAAUAGCUGAAAAUCGCACGACGCGGAUGGCAGCUCUCCCGGCUGUGGCAGAGUGGAUCACGAGGCGUAGGAAUUUUGGAUCAUGGAUACUUCACCUGACAUCCAUAAAGCUCACGAACUUCCCUUCAGUAACCAAGGGCAAAGAACAAAACAGGAAGAUUCCCACCAUGCCUGCAGAAAUCGUCAUGAACGCCACUAUCCCGGCCCACCCCUACUUCCCUGCGGAGGCUGUACUACCAGGCUACGUUGCCAACACGUUUGGCGCGCAUGCUUUGCGUGGUAUGUUUGCCGUAGGGGCAACCGCCAUCCUCGUACCGACAUACCGCAUCAUCAAAAGAACAAGCCCGAAUCUUCCUAAUGGCGAGGUCGCCACGGCACUGUGGUUCACUCUAAGCGCCUUUAUCCAUCUCUUCUUCGAAGGCUACUUCUCAUACAAUCAAUCAAGCAUGCCAGCAUCCCUACACAUAUUCGGCCAGCUCUGGAAAGAAUACUCCCUCUCCGACUCCCGCUACCUGACCCAGGACUCCUUCAUCGUCUGCAUGGAGACCAUCACCGCAUUCUGCUGGGGUCCGCUGUCCUUCGUGUGCGCAUACUUCAUCGUCACCGGGCAUCCCCUCCGCCACCCACUGCAGAUCAUCAUAAGUCUCGGGCAGCUCUACGGCGAUGUCUUGUACUUUGCGACGUGCUCGUUUGACAAGCUCGUUGCCAAGAUGAUUUACUGCCGACCUGAAGACUUCUACUUUUGGUGUUAUUACGUCUUCUUCAAUGCCUUUUGGAUCAUUAUUCCCUUCUAUCUCAUUAUCAAGAGCUGCGCGGAGACAAAGCGGGUCUUUGCAAAGGUUGCUGAGUUGCAGAAGAGCUCUUUGAAGAAGGACAUGUGA